AUGCUUUACUAUUUCUUCAAGGCUCGGCCUACCAAGUCGAAUCCAGCAAAAUAUUAUCACCUUGUAAUUGAAGCGACGAGAUUCGCCUUAGAAGACGGCUUGCCUCACGUUGGCGAUCCACAAGUCUCGAAAAUAGACCAACUGAUACGGAAGGAGCAUGGCGACAAGAAGAAAGAACUGCUUGAUGUCGAGAGGUUCGUGCCCCGUUGCUCGAGGGACCUGCCCAAUGUGAAACAGGGCGACACUACCUUCAUGGCCGCUGUGGACCCAUGGGGAAACGCAUGCUCCUUCAUCACCAGCAUCGCUGAACCCUUUGGCUGUACCACUGUCUCAGAGUAUGGGUUCGGAGUACACUCACGUGGCGAUGGUUUCAACACAAUGCUUGGACACCCCAACUGCGCAGCACCAUGCAAGAAGCCUUUUCACAGCUUGAUGCCUGUCUUGGUCACAGACAGCUCCUCGGGAAAACUGUUGUCUCUAGUUGGUACAAUGGGAGGGAGUGCACAACCGCAAGCAAUCCUGCAGGUUUUAUUGAACAUGGUCGAGCACGGUCUAAACCCCCAAGAGGCGAUUGACAAACCGCGCCUCAGAAUAGGAUGGGGCCGCAAGCUUCAUCCGGAUGACCCACUCGCGGUGGAAGACGACGUCGACGCUGAAUUAAUCGAGUGCCUGAAGCAAAGACGCCACGCUUUCAAACAGGUCGUCAGCGGCAUCGAUAGAUCGGACAUGGGCCACGUCCACGUCAUCGCCAGGGGCAGGUGGUGGGACCCAGAGACGAGUGGAUCAGAUGGCCACGGGACUGGGGAUGGCGUUCUCUGGUGCGGCGCAGAUCAAAGAUGUGGGGGUGUCGCCAUGGCUUACUGA